AUGCAUGGUGGUACUCAACUUACUCUUGCAUUCAUACGACAAAAGUACUGGAUCAUUGGCGGUAGACAACCAGUACGCUCAAUUAUACUCAAAUGUAUAAGAUGCGCACGACAUCGUGCUGAUAGAGCUCAACAACUCAUGGGUCAGCUACCAGUAUCACGAGUCACUCCAUCAUCUGCAUUCACUCACACUGGAGUUGACUAUGCUGGUCUAAUAACACUCAAAAAUUGGAGACGCAGAGGAGCAAAAACAUACAAAGGCUGGAUUUGUGUUUUUGUCUGCCUUUCUACGUCAGCAGUACAUCUAGCGGUAGUCAGCGACUACAGCUCUAGUGGAUUCAUCGCAGCACUCCGCAGAUUUAUCAGCCAACGAGGCAUCUGCACAGCACUCUACAGCGAUUAUGGAACGACGUUCAAAGGCGCUGAAACUGAUCUCAACCGUCUGUUCACUCAAGGAACUCAAGAGUCAAGAGAAAUACUAGAUCACAUCACUGUGAACAGUAUUGCCUGGAAUUUCAAUCCACCAGCAGCUCCACACAUGGGUGGAGCUUCAUCUUACUCGACCAGUGGGAGAGUCUUCAUUUACGUUUGA